CGCAUGGCGGGGCCCGGCGGCGCGGCGGGGCCGGCGGCGUCCCGGGAGCUGCUGGACGUGGGGCGCCGGCCAGGCCUGGAAGACAUUUUGCUGAUUAAUUCGAAAUGUAGCAGCAAGAAGGCCGCAGCUUUACAGACGGUUAAGGUGCCAAGGAGCAGCGUUUUGGACCGAGUACAGAGCUUUUUACCACGGCUGGCCCAGGCAAAUGAUGAGCUAAAAAAAAAAAUGGUAACAGCACCUGCUCAUCAGUUUGAUAUUGAACAUCUAGACAGCGAAACAGAAAAGGUUAUAGAAAUGAAUGUGGCUGUAGUUGAACUGAGUGAUUCUGAUACAGAUGAAGAGUUGCUGACUUCAGAAGAUGACUCUGAAUCUGAUGAAGAUGACUCUGUAACUGAUGAAGUGACAGUAGACAACAUUAAGUUUCCUAAACAAAAGGGAGAAAAGGGCAAAAUAGAAAUUUUGGACAGCAAAGCAAAUGAGUAAAUCCAUUUUAUUUUACUUUAAAAAAAACCCAAACCAAUCAAGUAAUGUUUUCUCACUUUGAAGAGCUGGCCCUUAAAAACACUUUGUUUCCGAGUGUAGUAUCUCUCAGGAUCCUGUGAAGUGCUACAGUUUAUAUGGUGGAGAAUUCAGGAUCCAUUCAUGACUGGGGAAGGCUGGAUUUCUGAAGAAUUAAGUGUGAUUUGAUUCAUCAAAUAACAAGAAAAUGCACUUCAUAGUAGAUUACAUGAAGAAAACAGCUAGAGUAAGGGGCACUUGAAAGUUUAAAAUUCUUGAUCUGUUGCUUUUUUGAAGAAAGAUUUUUUUUUUUUUAAUAGGAAGAUAUAAGUUUUUACUUCAAAGGCAGGAAAGAGUUAACUAGGAAAAAAGCUUUGGUUUUUAUAUUCCAUGUCCUGUGAAGUGUUAUGUACACUUUUUUCAAUAUUAAACAUGAUCUUUGAUGCCUCA